UACAUAUGUUUUUAGGUUAGGUUAUCUUACCGGUUUGAACCACAAGUGGAUUAGAUAAGAAGUUAUUAUAUUAUACCUACACACAUAUGCACGUCAAUGAACAAAUAUACAUACAAAUAAGCCUACAUAAUAAAAACAUGAGCAUAGCAUGUGAAGUUUCAAAUGACCUUCAAGUGUUAUUUAGAAUUUUUGAUUCAUUUUUAAAGAUCAGGCCCGCCUGGUCCAUAUGAUUAAGAAUUUUUUGUGUUUUAUUUGUUUAUUAAAAGUUAUCUAUCGAUAAAAAUGGGUGGAAAAUGGUCUAGUAUGGAUCCAUCGAAAAUCGAAGUACCUGAAAUAAAUAAACUUUUAGAAAGAGAUCCUUAUUUGAAAACUCAUGAGAAUGAUAUUCGUAAAAGAUAUGCUAUUUUCAAAGAUUAUUUGGAAAAAAUUCAAGCCGGAGAUGAAAAUCUAGAAAAAUUUUCACGUGGCUAUGAGCAAUUUGGAAUAAAAAUAGACAAAGACAACAAAGUUUUCGCACGUGAAUGGGCUCCCGGUGCACACAAAUUAUAUCUUACAGGAGAUUUCAAUAAUUGGAAUAAAACUGCGACUCCAUUCACUAAGAAAGAAUAUGGAAAGUGGGAAUUACAUUUGCCUGCAAAUGAUGAUGGUUCAUGUGCUCUGAAACACUUAUCAGAAGUGAAAAUAAUUGUUGAAAAUGAUAAAGGAGAAUUAUUUGAACGUUUAAGUCCGUGGGCAACUUAUGUAACCCAGCCAAAAAAUGCCGCUGAAGGAACGACUUUUAAACAACGUAUAUGGCAUCCUCCUCAGAAUGAAGUAUACAAAUUCCAAUUCGCGAAGCCAAAGAAACCAAAAAGUCUUCGAAUUUAUGAAUGUCAUGUAGGAAUAGCAACUAGUGAGCUUCGUGUUGGAACUUACCUUGAAUUUGCAAAAAAUACAAUUCCACGUAUAGUUCGACAAGGAUACAAUGCUAUUCAACUUAUGGCUGUGAUGGAGCAUGCAUAUUAUGCGAGUUUUGGUUAUCAGGUGACCUCAUUUUAUGCAGCAUCAUCUCGUUAUGGAACUCCAGAGGAAUUGAAACAGUUAAUUGAUGUCGCACACAACCAUGGAAUUUAUGUAUUAUUAGAUCUUGUUCAUUCUCAUGCUUCAAAAAAUACUCUUGAUGGCUUGAAUAUGUUUGAUGGUACAGAUGCUUGCUUUUUUCAUUCUGGUGCUCGUGGAGAACAUCCUCUUUGGGAUAGUCGUCUUUUCAAUUAUGGCAGCUAUGAUGUUUUAAAAUUUUUACUAUCUAAUUUACGAUGGUACAUAGAAGAAUAUCAGUUUGAUGGUUACAGAUUUGAUGGAGUUACAUCAAUGUUGUAUCACUCGAGAGGUCUUGGACAAGGUUUUACGGGAGAUUAUACUGAAUAUUUUAAUUUGAAUGUAGAUGUUGAAGGCAUUGUUUAUUUAAUGCUUGCCAAUCAUAUGCUCCAUGAAUUUUAUCCUGAAAUAACUACAAUCGCUGAGGAUGUAAGUGGGAUGCCAGGAAUGUGUCGGCCUGUAGCAGAGGGUGGUGUAGGCUUUGACUAUCGCUUAGGAAUGGCAAUACCUGAUAAAUGGAUAAAGUUGUUAAAAGAAGUAAAAGAUGAAGAUUGGAAAAUGGGCGAUAUUUGUUGGACACUAAGCAAUCGUCGAUGGAUGGAAAAAACUGUUGCUUAUGCUGAAUCACAUGAUCAAGCUCUUGUUGGAGAUAAAACAAUAGCCUUUUGGCUAAUGGAUAAGAAUAUGUAUUCUCAUAUGAGUACUCUAAGUCCACCUGAUCCUAUUAUUUCACGGGGUAUUGCCCUUCAUAAUAUGAUAAGGUUGAUUACUCACGCACUUGGUGGUGAAGCAUAUCUCAAUUUUAUGGGAAAUGAAUUUGGUCAUCCAGAAUGGUUAGACUUUCCCCGUAUUGGGAAUAAUAGCAGUUAUCACUAUGCUCGACGUCAAUGGAAUUUGGUUGACGAUGAUAUGUUGAAAUAUAAAUUCAUGAACAAUUGGGAUCGUGAAAUGAAUUUGUUAGAAGAAAAAUUUGGCUGGUUACAAUCUAAUCCUGGAUACGUAAGUUGGAAACAUGAAGAUGAUAAGAUUAUAGCAUUUGAUCGAGCAGGUCUCGUGUUUGUUUUCAAUUUUCAUCCAACAAAAUCAUUUGCCAAUUAUGUAGUUGGCGUUCCUGCUCAAGGAGCAUAUAAAAUAGUUCUUAAUAGUGAUGACGAUCAAUUUGGAGGAGAAUCAAGAGUUGACAAUAGUGUCAAACAUUUUACUGAAUCCCAGCCUUACGCUGAUCGACCUUACAGAAUUCUUAUUUAUAUUCCAUGUCGUACUGCUAUUGUUUACGCUCUUGAUUCAUAAAAUGAAAAUCGAGGAGCAGAAAAGCAAUUUGACAAAGUUAAUGAAAAGCAAGAAAAAUAAAUUUAUUUAUUUAAAUUCAUUAUCAUUAACAUCAUAGUCUUUCAUUUUUUCUUCUAAAAUCCACCAUUUACUUAGAAAACCAACGUCAACAAUUCUUUCAUAAAAGUUAAUGUAUUGUGGUUUUAAGUAAGGACAGAGAGAUUUGUACUGACAACAGUGAUUGCUAUAAUUAUCUAACCAAAUAAAUGAUAUUAUUCCUAA